AUGGAGUCUAACAUUGAGGGCUUGGAAACCCCUUCGCAUUGCAUUGCUGAUUUCUCGCUCGUCCCAAUUGGAUCUCGCGAUGUUUCGUUUGCUCGGGAGAUUGCAGAUGUCCAACUUUUGCUGCAGAAAUGCCAUCUGAAGCACAAGAUGACCCCCACCGGGACAACUACAGACCUGCGUAUAACGACCAGAACGGACAAAACCCCGCUUAUGGAGAACGAAAUUUUGUCUGUUGAGAAGAUCCUCACCGCUUGA